UUUUCUGAUGAAAACUUCAAACUGAAGCAUACAGAUGCAGGGCGCCUUUCGAUGGCAAAUGCUGGGCCAGACACAAAUGGGUCACAAUUUUUCUUUACCACUGUGACAACUAGCUGGUUGGAUGGCCGCCAUGUUGUGUUUGGAAAGGUGCUGUCUGGGAUGGAUGUUGUCCACAAGAUUGAGGCUGAAGGGAGACAGAGCGGCCAACCUAAAAGUAUCGUUGUCAUUUCGGACAGCGGAGAAUUAGAUCUAUGAGCACUCCCCUGCACACUCCCCUCCAGGUUGCACUUGACAAGUUUGACCUCAUAGCUUACUCAACACGAAUGUAGGGCUCAGGCAUCGUGCACUGCUUUGAUGCAAAUGUUUUUUUUUUUCUUUAAUGGUGAAGAAGAAAAUGCGAGGCAAGCUUGUUGAUUUGAUAUUGGGACAUACUUGAAAGAGCUUGGACCGAUCAUAGAAGCCAGCCAUGAAUAGAGAUAACUUUUCUGAGUGUGAAUUGGAUAUUACGUUGCAAAUAGCCGAAUGAAAUGUAGAAAACAGGAUGUUUGUUCUGAAAAAAA